AUGACUAACAAGAAACCCUCCGCCUCCACCCCCGCCUCCGGCCCGGACUCCACAUGGACCACCACGCCCACCACCCUCCGCCCCAACCGCCGGUACAUCACGACGCACGACCCCCAAACCGGCAAGUCCAUCUACGCCGCCUCCCCACCCCAGAUAUACGCCCGCACGCCCGCCCUCGGCGGCAUGGCGCGCUCCUUCGCCACCGACCGCAUCCCCGUCGACUUCACCGACGAAGGGGACGUCAAGCGCUACCGUGGCGGCACGGAGAGCGCGGCCAGCUACCGGCAACGCCAUAUCGUCGUGCCCGAUGGCGGCGUGAACCUCGUGGUGGUGGAUCUGCUGCCCGGAGCGGAGUCCGGGAUGCAUCGCACCAAGAGUGUGGAUUUCUCGAUUUGUGUGCUGGGGGAGAUUGUGCAUGAGUUGGAUUCGGGGGAGACGAGGGUUUUGUUGCCUGGGGACCAUAUCGUGCAGCGAGGAACGAUGCACAAGUGGAUCAACGGCUCGAAGACGGAGCCGGCGAGGUUCGUGGCGGUCACGGUGCCGGCGGCGGAGUUUGAGAUUCCGGGGACGGGGGGGAGGAUGUUGGAGGAGGAACACUUGCCGAAGGCGAAGCUCUAG